AGCUGAUUGGCUGAGCUCAUUGUCCCAGAGGCGCUUUUGGUCAUGUAAUCAUAGGGUUUCUAUAGGGUACAUGGCAAACUACCACGACCGGUUGCAAACGGCCGAUCUUUCUUUUUGAAAUUGUAGAUUGAAUUUGUAUAGCUAUCUGUUUAUUUCUUGUACCCAUCGUUGGUUAAUAUCGAGUCAAUCUCCUAGUAUUGGGAUAAUUUAAAGUUUAAAUAUCUUUUGUUUCAAUUGUUUGUCGAAUGUUAACACGGUAUUAUAUGAAAUAGCAAUGACUUGACUACAGAAAGAGGAUAUUUAUAUUAAGCGCUUAUUGAAGAGUAUGACUUUUACACAUUAAACAAUGUUAUUAAAAUAAAUAGGAAUACUAUUGUAAUAAUAUAUAUUUAAAUUAAAACAACAGUUUUAAUACCAGAAAGAGAGAGAAAGAGCAGUGAGUUCGGAUAUAAGUUUAAAAUACACACUCACCCAGAAAGAUGACGACAAUAGCACACGAUUGGCAAUCAGUGCAGCGUGACGUCGCUGAAAAAUUGAAGACCAAGCCUGCGGAUGAAGUAAAAAAGAAAAUCGUCAUUCCGGAUCCGGUUCCGGUCGGGAACCAUCUGGCGCAUUUUAUCCGCUCCAUCCACUGGAAUUCCAAAGGAAUGCUUCCGUCCACGGCCGGUUCCCAGCGCUCUUACGACAAGUACAACACGGUGACGCACUUGUCGUUCCAGGGCCCAGAACAUUUCUACAUCGCCCCCGGGGAGGCGGCUGGGGGGUUUGAACGGAAAAAGGAGAAAAUUGAAGACAUUAUGUUGACUCCACGUAAUCAGAUCUUCAACCGCUGGAAGGUUCCAGAACGGAUCGUGAACACCCCCGCUCCCUCGACCCCUUCCAUCAAACCGGAAACGCCGGCCCAAAUGGUGCCGGAUGUUAAAGUGCACACGCCCUCAGUUGCUAUGACACCACCAGCGUCGGCACUUCCGGAACAGCCAAUUGUUCCGGCGGCGUCUGCGAAACUUGAGAGCCGGAAAUCCGUGACGAGAAUUUCCCGCGAAAUGUCGCUUCCGAACAUCAAGCUGAACUCGAUGCCGGUUCAGAGGUCAGAGUCCCGCAAUGGGCUUCAACAGAGCCUGCCUGCGACACCCCGAUCCGCGGCCGUGCAACCCCGCAGCCCGCCUGUGGCCUCCCCCCGCCGCGCAAAAACCAUGUACGUGGACACGAGGAAAAAGACGCCGCCCACUGUAGAUUUGAACGGAAUCACGAACGCCCUGAGGCCGGAAGCGCUCCCCCAAGCGGAGGAAUGGCUGAAGACCGCCAACAGUGCUGAUAAGCGCGUCAUCGAGCGUGUGCUGAAAAUGGCUGGAAGAAAGCAAGCUAUCGAGAAGAGCCUCAAAAAGACGCUACUCCCGGACGCCAAGGACACGGUGGAGAAGUGGAUGAAAGACGCUAGUGAAAAUGGUGGAUUUACAGACAAAGAACGCCAGGUGGCGCUGAACUUCUUCAGCUCCCUCGCCGGAAGUCAGCUGAUGGGUAUGACAGUAGACAGCCAGCGGAAGCGACUGAAGGAGGUGAUAAACACACUGGAAGACGCUUCGCCAAACGGUCCCUAUAACGGCUACGUAAAGGCGACGAACCGACGGAAGAAACAGACCAUCAGCGACGGAAACCUCCGAUACGUUCGGCUGCUUACGCCAGAUACUCGAAAGAAUUCUUGGAUGCACACCACGUGGCAUCACCUCCCCGAAUACCGAGAUGACGACCCCGUUAACAACUGGAGCUCCCAUUACAUCCGGCCACAUGCCCAAAUUCCGCGCCAUUUCGUAAUCCAUCCGGACUGGGGCUAAAUAGACUUGACCCGAGCUAGUUAACGCUUCUGCUUAAUUAACUAAUGCAGGGAAGCAUAUGAACAUUUGUCGGAGUUUAAAUCUAAUAUACAGUAACUUUCUUAAUGAAAAUGACAAAGAAUUUAUUAAAUCAUUGCAUUGAUAUAUUCAAACUUUAACGACCUUGACAACUUUUGUUUUACUGAAAGUGACAUUUUAUUAUUAAAUAUGAUGUAUAUAUCGUUUUAUAAUUGUUAAGUAUAUGCAGAAUAAAAUAUUGUAUCGCAGUUAUCUCGGAGAAAUGAAAUUAAGAAGGCACGAAAAUUACAUUUUAUAGAAAUAUGAAGCUUCCUUACCAAUGUUUCUUAUGCUUUAAUAAUGUUAUGUGUUUUUUAAAUGCUAAAACAACUUGUAUUUGCUUACACAAUUCAUCCGCAGAUUAAUAUGCGUAUACUUCUCUUCUAAAAUGUAAUCAGAAUGGGUUUUGAAUAUAUGUGGUACAAUGUUGUAUACAUAAUUAUUUGUUUUCAUUUGUUAACUAUUAUUAUUCGUUUUCUUCGUAUUCGUCUUAUUUUCUUUUUAUAAUGAUUUAUUGUCUUGUCAAUAUUACGUUAUAGUACUAGCUUUUAGUCAUCUACGAAGUUUUUAAACAACUAUAUUUUAUGUUUUAAUGUCAAUACAUACAUAUAUUAUGUUUGUUAUUGUUAUACAGUGGAAAUGUUAAAUGGCAUUUUAUUUAACGUUAAUUUUACUGCCUUUUAUUGUAUACGAUUUCAGCUGCCACGACAUGAAUUAGUGAAUAUAAAGGACCUUCAUAUGGCUAUCGAACAUAUUUACAUAACUGUGCUAACCCACACGUGUUUGUCCUUAACCCAUUUAUGCCUAGUGGACUCUCCCAUCCUUCUAAAUUGGAUCAAUUUAUUAAAAAAAUUAUGGAUGUCUAGUACACUUAUUUCUAUAUUUAGAAUAUUUCUUAAAGAUAUUCCUUUAAGCAAACAGCGCAGACUCAGAUGAGACGCCGCAUCAUGCGGCGUCUCGUCUGGGUCGACGCUGUUUUCCAAGGCCUUUUGUCUUGACACUAGGCAUAAAUGGGUUAAAAGCAUUAUAAAUAACAAACAUUUGUAGACGUUUUUUGUUGAUACUUUUGUUAAGAUAAGUAUCAGUCAUACAAAAAGUAACCAUGUAUGGACCAGUGUGUAUACUUUUUGUUAGUGAGCCUGCUAAACACUAUCCUUUUGAAAUAUGUUUUAUGUGUAUAAAUCCAAAUUACAAAUGAACAUGGUGACUUAUAUAUAUUUGAAUUUUUAAUCAAACAUAUAUGUCAAGAAAAAUGGCAUUCAACGUGUAUAUCUCAGGAAUACAUUCAAAUGUAACCAUUACAUUGUCAAUUUAAAAAAAUUGUGGCGUUAUGAUAACAGGUAGGUUUUAUAUCGCCCCAUUGGUGCAAAAAGAUACCAUGUGACAUUCAAAUUAGAAGGCAAAUGGUACCUUUUGCACAAUUGGACGAUAUGUAAUGAAUGGAUUACCCUCAGUAGAAUGUAAACUUAUAUACCUCUAGAAUUACGCGACAUAAACACGAAUUGAUGCAUUACACACUCUAAAAAUGACAUUAUGCAGGUUAAGUACGUUUCAUAAAAAGAUAUACAUAAAACAUAACAAGAAUGUAUGAUUUUAAAUUCUAUAUUGCAAGCAAACAUGGUUUAAUAAUAAGUUUUAAAGCAAUCUGUGAUAUGUUAAAUUUUUGUAGAAAGAAAGGAUUGUUUUGUUUCAUUUGUUGUAUUGGUUUGUUUGAGAACACUUCAAAUUAAAAACUGUUUAAGAAUGA